AUGGCGACGGAGGAGGUUCUCCGAAAUCAUCCAAGCCACCGGAGGCAUGUUCUAGAGCUGAAGAACUACAUGGAGCCAUACACCUGUAACGGGUGCAAGGAGAAGGGGUUCGGCCCACGAUACCGAUGCGAAAAGUGCGAUUUUGAUCUACAUAAACCCUGCACUUACGACUGGAUUGCGCCAGUUUCGCAUGAAUUUUUCCCCAAUUCGAGGUUCAGGUUCAUGAGAAUUCCACCAAAACCCUGCCACCGAAAAUGCAAAAUUAGGUGCAACGCUUGCAGGAAGACUAUCAAAGGGUUCGUGUUUCACUGUGAGGAAAAUAAUUCGGAUAUUCACCCGUGCUGCCGUGAGCUUAAAAGAAGCUACCAAAUCGAAGACGUGAAGUUUAACCUCCAAUGGAAAAUGGAAGGGGAGUGUAUGUGGUGCAAGAGUGAGAGGCUUGAAGAUGGUGGUGAGGACAAUGGAUGGUCGUACGUGUCGGAGUGCGGGGAGUAUCAUGUUCAUGUCGCUUGUGUCACUAAAAUGGCUUUAGAUGAAUGGUACAAGAAUCAAAGCGGCGGCGGCGGUAGCACGAGGAGCACCACUAGUGGAACGCAAUCUGUGGCUGUGAGGUUGAAUCCGAGAGAGAUUCAGGCAAGACGGCAGGUGGAGAGAGGAGGCAUAGAGAAGUUUUGGAGAGUCAUGAAAUUCAUCGUCAAGACAGUUAUCAGUAUCGUUAUUGGCGAUCCCACCACGAUUCUUGCCUCGUUCUUGGUCGACCUGCUUACAUGA